AGCCAGAUAUACGUCACCGGCGAGGCGGCGACUCGUCACUCCGCGCUGGAAGAUGGCUGCGGCGGACCGGCCCCCGGUCAGGGAAGGGAUCCGGAUAUUUUUACUUUGUGUGUGCUGGUACACAGUUAGCUCGGGGGGCAACAUCGUCAACAAAAUCAUCCUGAAUGGAUUCCCGUAUCCGGUCACAGUCUCUCUGUUUCACAUCAUUUCUAUCGUCGUCUUCCUCCCGCCGUUGUUGCGGGCAUGGGGAGUCCCCAAAACGGAGCUGCCGAGCAGGUACUACCGGUGGUCCAUCCUGCCCUUAGCCUUCGGAAAAUACUUUGCAUCCGUGUCUGCUCAUUUCAGCAUCUGGAAAGUACCUGUUUCAUACGCGCACACGGUCAAAGCCACGAUGCCGAUAUGGGUUGUGCUAUUAUCAAGAAUAAUCAUGAAGGAGAAGCAAACCACAAAGAUUUACGUGUCGCUCAUCCCCAUCAUUGGUGGAGUGCUGCUGGCUACAGCGACGGAGCUCUCCUUUGAUGUCUCAGGACUCAUCAGCGCUCUGGCUGCCACGCUCUGCUUCUCUCUGCAGAACAUCUUCUCCAAAAAGGUGCUGCGGGACACGAGGGUCCACCACUUGAGGCUGCUCAAUAUCUUGGGAUUCAAUGCCGUUUUCUUCAUGCUGCCCACUUGGGUCCUGGUCGAUCUGUCUGUGUUUCUUGUUAAUGGAGACCUGUCGGAGAUCUCAGGCUGGACAAGCACCUUUGUCCUUUUGCUCAUCAGCGGCUUCUGCAACUUCGCUCAGAAUGUUAUUGCUUUCAGCGUACUCAACCUUGUCAGCCCCCUAAGCUACGCCGUUGCCAAUGCCACCAAGAGGAUCAUGGUCAUUAGCAUCUCCCUGCUAAUGCUGCGCAACCCGGUCUCAUCCACAAACGUCCUUGGUAUGAUGACAGCCAUCGUGGGGGUCUUCCUCUACAACAAGGCCAAGUAUGACGCCAACAAGCAGAAAAAGCUGCUGCCCAGCACCAAGGAGGACCUGAUGUCCUUUGACAACCCGGCGCUGGAGAAGAUCCAGGCUAACGGCUCAGUGCCUUUCCCCCACGGCUCGGAGCAGCAGCACAACUGGAACAACGUGCUGACCGACCACUUCCAGUACAGCAGGCAGGCCUACACGACAAACUACAGCAGCAACCACCAGUAUGUGGUGUGAAGGAGGAUUUAGUCCUCGCUCAGGCUCGCUGUUGUAGACAUUGCUGUGUAGCUGCCCUCCCUGCAGCGGGUCCUUUUUUACCCCGCACACGAGACUGAAGGCAAGUCCUGUUGGUGGUGGGUAGAAAGAAUGAGAAGAGCCUCUCAUGACAGGCCAGUGACGUGACCUCUCCAACACUCCUCCCUGUCCAAACUUCACUUUCUGGCAUUGUUAAUAUAUUACUUUGGUACAGACAGUAUGGGAGUGUCCAAGAUGGGGGGAAAAAGUCAAAUCACCUGUUUCAGACACUUUGGUGACAGAUUCAGCCAUUUUCUCCGAACACAGAAAAGUGCCACAGCAGGUAGACCGUAAACGGUAGUUCUGAUUAAUUUUCACCUUGCUUUCUGGAAAUGUCCAAGUUUGUUUCCACAACCUAUGAUUACUGUUUUGGUACGUUUGUUAACUUUUUUUUUUUAGGAAGGGUAUCCGCUGUAAUUAUCUAGCGCGAGUGUUACCUUGAACCGAACAAGAGUGAUGUUACAUCGCAUGUAGGCAGCUCAGUGGAAAGGGCCCCAUUUCAGAUCGCGACAAUUUCAUGAUUAGGAUUGUCAUUUUUCUUCAUAAGGCACCUGUAAUGACGUGAAAGCAAUUAACUUGUAAAACUUGUUCUCAGUGAUUACAAUUAUAGACCAAUGAAACUCUUGAGGCAGACACCACGUAUGGACACUUUUGUGGACAGACGAGCGAUUUAGGGGACAGUCACUUAUAAUCGCCUCAGCUGUGCUCUGUGUUUGGCACUAGUCGACAUGUGUUAGCAUACUAGCAUGCUACACUAACAUGUUGGACAUGGUAAAUAUUAAACAUGAAGAUGAAGCACAUCAGGAUUGUUAACGCCUCACUGGUACAGCUGUUAAGUCAACACAAUGAUUGCCCUCGUGAUACUGAGUUGUUCAACAUUACAAAUGCCUGAUGUGGAAAAAUGUCCAGAUUUCAAAAUAAAAGUACAAAAACCAUUAAGUCUGUCUGCUAAAAAGUAUGCUGGUGAACUUGCUGCAUACCAAGAUAAGUAAACUUUCAGCCACACUAGUCAUCAGCAAGUCUUUUUAAAUGCCAUUGUAUAAAUAAUUAGCUAUUCUAAAAUGCGCUAAUACACACACACACACACACACACACACACACACACACACACACACACACACACACACAACGCCCUGUUGUCUUCAAUCUGUUCUGUAAAACAAAGAGUGAGACGAUUUCUGUCACCCAGAACAGUCAGUGACCUCUCACAGAUCUGUCCAUUUCUCCAAACACAACAAAUACAUUUGAUAUCAUGGAGCUUAAAUGUGAAAAGUUAGCAUGAAAUCAGAUUUUAGCCUCAAACAUCCGUGCAGUUCAAACUACAGCAGCUGAGUGCUGAGAAGACGUUUCACAUUUCUUUAAGCGACUUUAACCAUAUAAAUGUAGCUGAGAUGUCAUAGUAUAGAGUUAGAAAAUGGUUUAAAAAUGAUUCAUAGUUUUCUUUAUUAUUAAUAUUUAUAGAUCUUCAACAUGUCUGAGGCAGAGGGAUUUUUUUUUUUUCUGUCAGCUGUUUUACUUUUUUUUCAGCCUGAACCAAAGCUGCUGUUUGUUUUGUUUGUUUUUUUAUGUUUUUUUUGUUGUUUUUUUUAAGUUAGAGGCUCAGUUUCAAAAUUGCACAUGAUGAAACCGAAUGCAUUACGCAGAUUGUGUCUCUCUGUCGAGUGACUUUAAAGAUUUGAGUGUUUUAUUUCAAACUGUCCCUUUCGGUGUCAGAAGGUCAUUGGUCACGGGUCAGGGGAGACAUGCAUGAUAUCAAAGGUUUGGUUUGUGCAAUUAAAGAUUCAACUGUAAGUUCAUGUAGACAAAAAGGAAUCCUGGUCAUUAUUCUUUACAAAAGUUGUGUCGAAAAGCCUUCUGUUACUACUUGAGGAACUAUUGAGGACCUUUCUUUUUUCUCUUUGCAGGAUAGCUUUGCUUUCUCUGAUGCACAAUGAGUGUCUCCCCGCAGCAAUAUGACAUCUUGCAUUAUUUUUUGCUUGUAGCCCAAUUCAAUUUCUGCAUAUUGAUUUUGUUGGAUAACGCACCUUUAAUGACGCAGAAGUGCCAGCUGUAGCCUCAGAUAUUUUUUUUUUCUGUAGCUGUAGAUGUUGGUAAGGAGAGUACAGUUAUAUUCUAGUUCUUUUAAUUUUUUUUUUAGAGUAUUAUGUUUACCUGCUUGAUGACAUUUAGAACAAUCUUGAAGUGUUUAGACCAGAAGAAACUGACUGUGACUCUGUCUUGAGACAAAGCUGUCAACAGGUGUGGGUUUUCUCCUUAUUUAAAAAUCAAGCAAGCCAGCUGUAACUGAUGAAAUGUUUUGUUGGAGGUAUUUUUGAGACAUUUGGAACCCAUAGCAGCUCAGUUCUUCUCCAAAAAAUAGAUAAAUCACCAUUUCUGCAGGUAGGACUCCUGUUAGGAAACUUGAAAGAAGAAACAUUGGUUUGCAGCGACUUCUAUCCGUUUUGAUUUGUGUUAAUUGAUUAUUGUCCACACUGUAAGGCUUUACAUUGCUGCAUAAAACAAAAUAGAUAAGACAGUACAAUGCACUCUGUAAUAAAGUGGAGCUUUGAAAAUAAAAAAAGGAGAUGAUCCAGAAACCCCUUAAAUGA